GUUUUUUUCUGACUCUCUCCACAGAUUAAUAAACCUUGAAUAUUUUAAUGGGAACAGAUAACCAGACUUGGGCGAGUGAAUUUAUUCUCCUCGGCCUUUCCAGUGACUGGGAUGCUCAGGUCUCCCUCUUUGUCCUAUUCUUGGUCAUGUACAUGGUGACCAUGCUGGGGAACUGUCUCAUUGUUCUUCUGAUCAGACUGGACAGCCGACUCCACACUCCCAUGUAUUUCUUUCUCACCAACCUCUCCCUUGUCGAUGUCUCCUAUGCCACAAGCAUCGUCCCUCAGCUGCUGGCACAUUUUCUUGCAGAACAUAAAGCCAUCUCGUUGCAGAGCUGUGCAGCCCAAUUAUUUUUCUCCCUGGCCUUGGGUGGGAUUGAGUUUGUUCUCCUGGCAGUGAUGGCCUAUGACCGCUAUGUGGCUGUGUGUGACCCCCUGCGAUACUCGGCCAUCAUGCAUGGAGCGCUGUGUGCUAAGUUGGCCAUCACAUCCUGGGUCAGUGGCUCCAUUAACUCUCUCAUGCAUACCACCAUCACCUUUCAGCUGCCCAUGUGCACUAACAAGUUUAUUGAUCAUAUAUUCUGUGAAAUUCUAGCUGUGAUCAGGCUGGCUUGUGUGGACACCUCCUCCAACGAGGUCACCAUCAUGGUGUCCAGCAUUGUUCUUCUGAUGACACCCUUAUGUCUGGUUCUUUUGUCCUACAUCCAGAUCAUCUCCACCAUCUUAAAGAUCCAGUCCAGAGAAGGAAGGAGGAAAGCCUUUCACACGUGUGCCUCUCACCUCACAGUGGUUGCCCUGUGCUAUGGCAUGGCCAUUUUCACUUACAUCCAUCCCCACUCCAGUCCCUCUGUCCUUCAGGAGAAGUUGAUCUCUCUCUUUUAUGCCAUUUUGACACCAAUGCUGAACCCUAUGAUUUACAGUCUAAGAAAUAAAGAGGUGAAGGGGGCCUGGAAGAAACUAUUAUGGAAAUUCUCUGGGUUAACAUCAAAGCUGGCAACUUGA